CGCGCCGGCGCCGUCUUCCUGCCUCCUCCUUCUCCAGAAAAAGUCGCCAUUUUGGUUCACUGCCUUCGCCCCCCCGCGGUUGGCCCUUCCGGGCCAGGCCGAGGCCCACGUCCGCACCCUGCCGCAGGUGACAGAGAUGACUGACCCCUUCUGUGUUGGAGGAGGCCGCCGGCUCCAGAGUUCCAGCAAGAGUGCACCUGGGAAGGGUGGCAGCCGGAAAGAGGUUCGACUUCCCAUGCUGCAGGACCCACUGAAGCUGGGGAUGCCGGUGGCCCACAGUGGACAGACAGUGCCUGGCCAGGCCCCACUCUGCUUUGACCCUGGAAGUCCAGCCAGUGACAGGACAGAAGGGAAGAAAAAGGGGCGGCCGAAGGCUGAGAACCAGGCCCUCCGAGACAUUCCCCUCUCCUUGAUGAACCAGUGGAAAGAUGAAUUCAAGGCACACUCAAGGGUGAAGUGUCCAAACUCAGGGUGCUGGCUGGAGUUCCCCAGCAUCUACGGGCUCAAGUACCAUUACCAGCGGUGCCAAGGGGGCGCCAUUUCAGAUAGGCUGGCCUUUCCUUGCCCUUUCUGCGAGGCCGCAUUCACCUCCAAGACCCAGCUGGAGAAGCACCGGAUUUGGAAUCACAUGGACCGUCCCCUGCCUGCCCCCAAGCCUGGUCCAGUCAACAGGCCGGUUACCAUCAGCCGGCCUGUUGGGGUCAGCAAGCCCAUUGGAGUAAGCAAACCUGUCACAAUUGGCAAGCCAGUGGGAGUCAGCAAGCCCAUUGGCAUCAGCAAGCCAGUCACAGUCAGCAGACCUGUGCCGGUCACCAAGCCUGUGCCGGUUACUAGACCCAUGCCGGUCACCAAGCCUGUUACAGUCAGCAGACCUGUGCCAGUCACUAGGCCUGUGCCAGUCACCAAGCCCAUCCCAGUCACCAAACCUGUGCCAGUCACCAAGCCCAUGCCAGUCACAAAACUUGUGACAGUUACAAAACCUGUGCCGGUCACCAAGCCAGUGCCGGUCAGCAGGCCAAUUGUGGUCAGCAAGCCAGUGCCGGUCAGCAGGCCCGUUGCCAUCAGCAGACACACACCGCCCUGCAAAAUGAUACUACUGACCAAGUCUGAGAACAAAGCGCCUCGUGCUGCAGGGAAGAGCAGCGGUAAGAAAAGGGCUGCAGAUGGCCUGGACACUUGUCCCAUCUUGCCCAAGCAGGCGAGGCCAGAGAAUGGAGAGUAUGGCCCAUCUACCAUGGGCCAGAGCGCAACCUUCCAGCUGAGUACAGAUCCCAGCAACAGCUCCCUGCUGCCAGGCAGCAGGCCCUCAGUGGGCAAGGAGAUGCUGCGCCCUACAAGUCAUAUGUCCCUACCUGAGGAGGACCCAGAGCGUACAAAGCACAGAAGGAAACAGAAAACACCCAAGAAGUUUACAGGGGAGCAGCCAUCCAUCUCAGGGACAUUUGGGCUAAAAGGCCUGGCCAAAGCGGAGGACAAGGCCCGAGUUCACCGCUCCAAGAAGCAGGAAGGGCCAGUCCCGGAGGAUGUGCGGAAGAAGGUGCUGGCCACUACCACCACUGUCUGCAAAGAGGUGGUGAAUCCUGCAGCCUAUCCAGCCCCAGGUGGCCCUGAGGAGCAGUGGCAGCGAGCUAUCCAUGAACGGGGGGAGGCUAUCUGCCCCACCUGCAAUGUGGUUACCCGGAAGACUCUUGUGGGGCUCAAGAAGCACAUGGAGGUGUGUCAGAAGCUGCAGGAGGCGCUCAAGUGCCAGCAUUGCCGAAAGCAGUUCAAGUCCAAGGCUGGCCUCAACUACCACACCAUGGCAGAGCACAGUGCCAAGCCCACUGAUGCUGAGGCCUCUGAGAGAGGGGAGCAGGAGGAGCGAGAGCGGCUACGCAAGGUGCUGAAGCAGAUGGGGCGGCUGCGCUGCCCCCAAGAGGGCUGUGGGGCUGCUUUCUCCAGCCUCAUGGGCUAUCAGUACCACCAGCGGCGCUGCGGGAAGCCACCCUGUGAAAUAGACAGCCCCUCCUUUCCCUGUGCCCACUGCGGUAAGACUUACCGUUCCAAGGCUGGCCAUGACUACCAUGUGCGCUCAGAGCACACAGUCCCGCCCUCCGAGGAGUCCACAGACAAGACCCCCGAAGCUGAGGACCUGCUGGGUGUGGAGCGGACCCCAAGUGGUCGCAUUCGCCGCACAUCGGCCCAGGUUGCUGUGUUCCACCUACAGGAGAUCGCGGAGGACGAGCUGGCCCACGACUGGACCAAGCGGCGCAUGAAGGAUGACCUUGUGCCUGAGACUGCACGGCUCAACUACACUCGGCCAGGCCUCCCAACGCUCAACCCCCAGCUGCUGGAGGCAUGGAAGAAUGAAGUCAAGGAGAAGGGCCACGUGAACUGUCCCAAUGAUUGCUGCGAAGCCAUCUACUCCAGUGUGUCUGGCCUCAAAGCCCAUCUUGCCAGCUGCAGCAAGGGGGACCACCUGGUGGGGAAGUACCGCUGCCUGCUAUGCCCCAAAGAAUUCAGCUCUGAAAGCGGCGUUAAAUACCAUAUCCUCAAGACCCACGCGGAGAAUUGGUUCCGGACCUCAAGACCACCACCCAGACAUAAGGGCCAGGACUCCUUGAUGCCCAGGAGAGAGAAGAAAAGUCUGGCAGGCGGGAAGAAGCGGGGCCGCAAGCCAAAGGAACGGUCCCCUGAGGAGUCUGUGUCCAAGCUAACCCCCCGUCGGGAUGACUGGACCCCAGGAGCCAGAGACAAGGGGGCUCGGGGUUGUACUGGGCGGAAGGCUGGAGCCGGAAAGGCACCUGAAAAGUGAGCCUUGUGGGUGGGGCCUGGCCCCACAAUGGCCAUCAAGCCCCACUCUGUCCAGGGUAGGGGAACCAGUUCUGGAACUCCUGUCCUCCAUCCCCCAUCCCCCACCCAUCUGUCUAGUGGGGGUGGCCAGCCACUCUCCCUUUCCUGAAAGUGGCCCUUCCCUUGUUGAGGCUGCCUUGGCACAGCUGGCUGGGCUCCCUGGGGUGCCAAGGGCAGCAACAGAAGUGCAAUAGGCUGAGGUGGGUUAGCCUUCUCAUGAGGGUGUUCAUGGGCUGGCAGGGCCUGGGGCCUUGGCACAUGGGGACUGCAGUGCAGAGCAUUCAAAUGGCCUUUGGUCCCUCUCUACCCUGGUUCUCCCAAGGCUCAGGCAUCUCUGUGACCCAUGGUUCUGGGCUGAUGAGGAUACCUGGGCAGCCUGGCUGCCACUGUCUGGGCCUCACCUCCACCCAACACUGGAACUCCAGUAUCCCCCGCUACCUCCAGGACAGACCCCGUCUGACCACUGCCAUGCUGACUUGACAGCCUCCCUUGUCCACCCACCUCUGAUCCUCUGCUUCUGUUUUCUACCUCUUGGGCCUGCCCCUUCUCUGUCUGUCAUCCCUGCUGUGCUUCAGGCCAUGCCCCCUGGCCCAUGAUGUGAUCAUGGUGAGGGAAGCAGCCCCUCUGGGAAGAGAGGGACUCUGCUUGUUCUACCUACAGAGAGGUCCAGGCACACUGCCAGCCUGCAGGUGAGGGGCUGGUGCCAUGCUUCUAUCCUUCAGCUUCUGAUGCUGUAAGCCAUGAUUGGCAGCUUGAGGGGAUAUCCCUGGGGUAAGGGGCACAUGGGCAAGGGCUGGGCAGAAGUGACCCAGAUCUUGAGGAGUGGGAGACAGCCUGCAUCUGCCAUGCCAUGCUAACCCAGAGGCCUAGCUUAGUGGAAGCCCUUCUUCCCCUUCACCUGAGCUGUGUGUCUGGUGGCAUGGUCAUUUGAUACAGAACCUGAAGGCCAGUGAGGGGCAAGCCUCAGCCAAGGUGGCAGCUCUGGGGCUGGACCCAACUUCCUUUGGGGCCCUGAGGGUGGCAGGAUCUGUCAGUUGGGCAGAGUCAGGCAGGGAGCCCAGGGUGCCUGGAGAAGGUGGCUCUGCAUGCAGUCUCACCUUGUGGCCUCUUUACUGGCCCCCACCUUCCCAACCCCUGUGUGCAGGGAGGAGGAGGCUGGGAGAGGGGUUUGUGGUGGGAGUGGGGUGGGCUGAGGGCUCAGCCUCUGAUCCUGGAUGAUGUGAAUUUGAUAUUUGCCUGUGUGCGCGUCUCCUGGGUGUCGUGGAUGCCAGUCUUGUUGCUGUGACAAGUAACAAUCUUUUUUAAAAUUCUGUUUUUUAUACAAAAACUCACAACCUGACAUUUGGUGCUAAGGGUUUCCUGGUGCCGAAGGUGGGGCUGGACUGGACUGGGCUGUGGCUGUAGCCAGGGCCCCUCUUCUGCCCAGGGGACAGUAUUGACUGGAUAACCUCUCUGCCCCAAGGGAGAGGGGCUCCAGGAAGAUAAGCUCCAAGGGGUUUGCUGGGUGGGGCCACUAUACCCUUUGUAUCUGGGAGGGCUCUGACUCUGGGCAGUCCUGAUCUGAUGUGCUGGGGAAGGGUGUAGAGUGAGCUUCCACAUCACCACAUUAUCUUGGCCUGAUCACAGGAAGGCUGCAUAGGCAGAGGGUGGGUGUGAUAACAGUGUCAGUGGUCAAAAGAGGCUGAGGCUUUGGGGUAGUGAUGUGUAGCUGGAGAGGGGGAGGAAGGCCCCGGUGCACUUUGCCCUUGUUACCCAUGGCAGAGAAGGUUGUACCCCAAUACCUCUGCAGGGUAUAGCUGCCCACCCUAGCCUCAGGUACUAGACACUUAGGGGUAUGGUGGAGGGCCUGGGUUUUGCUGGGGGGUGGGUUUCCAGGACACUCCCAGACGCCCACAGGCCCUCAUGUGGGAAGUGGGGUCCUGGGUGACUUGAUGUUUAGCACUUUAACUCCUUUCUUUGUCUGUGAGGACGGCAUGGAGCUGCUCUGAAGAGUGGCUGUUGGGUCAGACCCUCCUCCCAGUACUGCUGUUGAGCAGAGGUGAACUAGUCUGCAGAGCGCUUCUCCGAAGAGGGUAGGGCUCAGUAGGGUCUUCCCACCUUCCCACUCUGGCCCACAGGUGGCCAGGUGACCACCAGCUUCGACAGACACCCUCUGAAAGGACCAGCAUGGCAGACCCUCAGGAUGUGGGCACAGACCUUGGAGACACAAGCCCUGGGCCCUAGCAAAAUGCGACAGUCGGGGUUUCUGCAGAUCUACCUCUGGCUCAGUGCACGCCCUGCCCUGAGAACAGGAAAGUGCCCGAGGGGUUGACACUUAACACACAGCUAGGAUGCACUUUACUCUCCUGCAUAGGCAGAUGAGGGUGUGCCCCAUAACCUUGGGCCUUCCAAUCUGGUGGUUCAGAAGGGAGCCCUGGUAAGGAGGGCUGUCCCUGUGCGCCCCGGCUGGGUGGCGCCAGGCAUCUUGCUUUGCAGGCCUGGGUUCCAGAAGGCCAGUAGGUCGUCCCUUCUGCUGGCAACCAUGCAUCCUAAACU